UCGCAGCCAACCGAGUGGAAUCUAGCCUUGUCCUUAGGGUUUGCGGUCACGCCUCUUCCUUCGCCGUCUGUUUUCUUAUUUUCGGAGCCAAAGUCCGUUUCGCAUUCAAUUCUUCAUCUGACGGCGAAGAAGAAGAAGGUCAAAGAUCGGCAAUCUGGCUGAAGAGAGGCAAUCGUCUCUUAUGCACAUUAAGUACUUGGUUUUCAUAAUUGCCAAAGAUUUUCUUUCACUCUGGCCGCUGCAACAAAAUCAAACUCUUCUCGCACCUCUAAGUGGGUGUGGGGUAAUGAUGGGCUAAAUUUACAUUGUCUUCUGUGGAGAUCAAGAUCAUCAUACAUCUGGAGACUCUGCCGUGUUUCAGUGGGUUUGUCGCUUGACUACGGCUAAGGUCACUCUGGAACAAAAUCCCAAGAACGCUAGCCCUAGCAUGUGAUUGUAAAUUACAGAAAUCAGUUGUAUGUUUCAGUUCUCAGUUUAGCAGAAAAAGAGAUAUUUGCAUGUGAAUGAAGCUUAGUCAGUUCAAAUAAAAUGGUUAGAUUUUCAUGCUUCCAGGCUCCUGGCCACUCUAACAAACCAAAGAAAACAGUUCAACUUUCUGUUGAAUCAUUGCAAAAGACAUUGGAAGAGUGUUCUCAAAAUCAGGCCUUGAAGGAUUCUAAAAGUCAUUCACGCUUAAAUUUGUCACCCUUGAAGGCUGAAGGAGAUGCUAUUCUCAAUAGUAGUGAGGAUCAAGUCAAUACUUCCCUUUCAAUUGAGCGAGGCUGGAAAUCAGAGGAAAUAAAUGGAAAGUAUAAAAUUGAGGCUGAUGGAGGGGUCAAUCAUGCUGCGCUAAUUAGAAAAAGCCUGUCAUUAGGAAGUGGAUUGGAUAGGCAGGGGAAGGCUUCUGAGGGUAAUUACUCAGAGGACGAGGCAGAACCUGGAUAUUCUUAUGAUGGCUUUCAUAAUCACAACACUAUGGAAGUUCCAGGUGGUUCUGAGAAUAUAGAAAUCAGCAUCUCCAAUCAAUAUCAAAAUACUUUGCCUACUUAUUCUUUGCAGGUAAGUUCUGAUCUGGUCAAUAAUGACUCAAUCUUCUCCAUCGGGGACACCAAGCAAUCAGAAAAAGGUGGUCAUGAAAACUCUGAUACUCAUUAUUCUGGUGAGGGUUAUGUUGAGUCUGGCCUUCAUAUCUGUGACCCGCCAGUUAUUGUAAAAUCAAAUUCUUUGCCUGAUAUGGGAUCAUUUGGUGGACAUUCUGCUCUUAAUUAUGUUGCACCUCGAUCUAGAUCUUCUGAGGGCCUUACUGCUCUGGAAUUGAGAUGGAAAAAGGAGGUAAGUCAUGAGAUGGGAGGACUGAUGACACAUGACCAAUUCAGAGGUGAAAAUAUAUUAAUGAAUGAAAAAAGUAAUUGCGAAAACCUACCUGAGGAUGGUUAUGAUUCUUAUAACUAUGUUAGUUCAGCAAAGGACUGGAUUGUACCUGUCAUGGAUGAUGGAAAUCCAGAGAAAAACCUUCACGAAGAAGUUUCAGCUCACCAGCGGGUGGAAUUACCAGGCAAGGAUUUCAAACUCAAACGUAUCAAAGAUUGGGUAAAUGAUCUUCAGCAUACCAGCCCUUUUGAAGAGACAAAUGAUGAGUUAUCCAAUUUAGAUUAUCAUCAGGUGGAGAGUGGUGCUGCUGUCAUGAAUAAUUUGAGUGCCAUGAGAGUUGAUGGUAAGGUCACUCCAGGAAUGGAUGCUGCAAAGAAAUAUAUCUCUUCUUUGAGUGCCAAUUCCACCACAGCUCAGCUGGGAAAUCAUGGAUUAGUUGUGAUCCCAUUUCUUAGCGCUUUUGUAAGUCUAAGGACACUUAACUUAUCUGGAAAUGCCAUAGUGAGGAUAACUGCCGGUGCCCUUCCUCGAGGCCUUCACAGUUUAAAUCUAUCUAAAAACAACAUUUCCACUAUUGAAGGUUUACGUGAUCUUAUGCGGCUUCGUGUACUUGAUCUGAGCUACAAUCGAAUAGUCAGAAUUGGGCAUGGCCUUGCUUCUUGUUCCUCACUGAAGGAGUUAUACUUUGCUGGAAACAAAAUUAGUGAAGUUGAGGGUCUUCACCGACUCCUGAAGCUGAAUGUUCUAGAUCUGCGAUUCAACAAAAUCUCCACAGCCAAAUGUCUCGGCCAACUUGCAGCCAACUACAAUUCCUUACAAGCCAUCAGCCUGGAAGGAAAUCCAGCCCAGAAGAACAUUGGAGAUGAACAACUGAAGAAAUGCCUGCAAGGGCUUCUUCCCCAUUUGGCUUACUAUAACAGGCAGUCUAUCAAAGCUGGGACCCUGAAGGAUGUAUCCGAUAGGGCUGCUAGAUUAGGCUUCAGCACCGACCGUGGCCUCAGAUCAGACCACAAGAACUCACGCAAGGGAAGCCAUGGCGCUGCUGCUCACAGGCCGUCACCUUCUCAUUCAACGUAUCACGCGCAUAGAAAUCAAGCAGCCGCAUCACUGAAACCAACCAAGGGCAGGCAUGUCCGGCUGCCUCCAGCUGGAUCUAAACCCACGACCGCCCAUCAGCACAACUUAAAUGAUUUGAGAGCCAAACUUCUGAGCUUCAAACCAGAUCUCUCCAUGCGCAGGGCUCGAAGUGAGGGAACACUCGCAGCUCUUUGAUCUGGCUUCACGCUUCAGCGUAAGUGUGUAUCUCGUUGGUGUGGUGUUUGUUUUUUCUCUUUAACAUUGUUUACGCGAUUAAAUAUUCCUCUCCAUUUCCGUGAACUGUCUGGGAAAAUAAAGUUUGAUUCGAAAUUGCAAUA